CAGUGGGGACUAGAGCUUACUGGGACGAUAGUCACGAUACAUGUCUGGCUUCACAUAACAGAACCGUCCCGUUGUUUUCUGAUCUGGAGGAGACACACUUGGGCAGGCAGCCGAGCUGGACUCUGAGCACGCCCAGAAAGUGCUGGACAUGGAGCACGCCCAGCAGGGGAAGCUGAAGGAGAGGCAGAAGUACUUUGAAGAAGCUUUCCAACAGGACAUGGAUCAGUACCUCUCUACUGGCUACCUGCAGAUCACUGACAGAAGAGGGCCAAUAGGUAGCAUGUCUUCCAUGGAGGUGAACGUUGACGUUCUGGAACAGAUGGACCUGAUGGACGUGUCGGACCACGAGGCCCUCGACGUCUUUCUCAACUCUGGAGGAGAAGACGACAGCCUGACCUCCUCACUCACCUCAGGUCCAGACCCUGAGUCGUUGUCCUCUGAGAUCUCCCUGCGGGUGCCCACCCAGGCGGAACUGAGGAACAAGCCGUCUUCCUUCUCCUCCACGGAGCCAGGCUCAGCCAGCCAGGACACCAGCCUGGGGGAGUGCCAGGACACCAGCCAGGACACCAGCCUGGGGGAGUGCCAGGAGGGGGAGGGCAGCGAGGCCAGCGGAGAUGGAGACCAGCCCCUGGUACUGCCAGACGAGGAGGAAGUGCAGGCCGACACAGCCCUGGUGUCGUUGCCCGAGGCAGAGACGUUCAAGAACUCUGACGACAGCGACUCGCAGGCCUCUUAGGAGCCGUCACAGAGCUGCCCCCUGGGUGAGACCGGCUCUAGGGGGUAUAGGGUAGCUCCUAGACGCUGAUCUGAGGGUCCGUUUUGCAUUUUUUCCCCCCAAUUUUUUUUUUCUUUUCUGUUUUUUUAUAAAUGAAAUGUAGCUUCCUUCCUUGUAUCCAAUUAUAUCUAAGUAAAUAAUAAUAAAGUUGUUUAAAAUGUUCAA